UAGAAAUCUCCCUGCACGCCUCUUGACAGCCAACGAAUUGGUUUUGCAAGAGAACUCUUCGGAUAUUCCUUGGGACCCCCAGAGGUGAGGAGGAGGGAGAAAAUAAACCAGGAUUUCUACAAACAAACAACCAAGAGGGAUUUUUUUUUUUCCAUCCGAAAGUGACAUCGGUGUGUGGAUCUUUGUGUCCCGGGCUGCCCUCAUCUGCAACAUAUUUUCUGCUGGCUGUUUGCCUCUUCCCACAGCCUUUCCUAAAAUAAAGCGACGUAUUUUAUUCGAAGGCUGAAGAAGCCCAGUGAUUCCUCACCUAGAAGGGUCCCUUUCUGCUCCCAAGAUUUUCUCGAAAUCCUGUGCCAAAGGGUGAAGAUGCUUGCAGGAAGCAAGUUUUAGAACUGGAGGAACACCGAAGGUCUUACAAGCUCCUGCGAAAGAUAUUUUUUCCCUCUCUGUCCCAGGAAACCAAGUGUAAGUGCUGAACUUCCUACAACUUCCUAAAAGUUCAUCAGGUUUGGAGAUCUUGCAUUCCUAAAAGAUUAAAGGAUCCACGAGCCUACUGGAUACUCUCUCAAGUAGCUGAGAUUUUUAAUUUUUUUUUUAACUGGAUCGAGCCUCUGGGUUUGAUCGUUGGGCCUUGCCCAUUGUUGACAUUCCAGACCUAGUUGUCUUUGAGGUCUAUGGUUCUCUCUGCCAAAGCUUUCCUUCUCUUCCGUUGCACCCUCACCUGCGCUUAGAAUUUAUUGCCAAGGAAGCGGACAGAGCGUUGAGUUCUCAGGGCAGUCAAAAUGUUCAGCUGGAUGAAAAAGAAUGAGAAGAAGACCCCAGAGGUCAUCCGUACGGUUACCGAGGGCUUGAAGGACCUCUACAAGAGGAAGCUCCUUCCCGUGGAAGAGUUUUAUCGCUUCCACGAUUUUCACUCGCCGGCUCUGGAAGAUGCAGACUUUGACAACAAGCCCAUGGUUUUGGUGGUGGGCCAGUACUCCACCGGCAAAACCACCUUCAUCAAAUACUUGCUGGAGCAAGAUAUCCCCGGGAGCCGAAUUGGUCCUGAACCCACCACAGACUCCUUCAUCGCUGUCAUGCACGGCGAAACGGAGGGAAUCAUACCAGGCAAUGCCCUGAUUGUGGACCCCAAAAAGCCCUUCCGAAAACUCAACCCUUUUGGAAACACCUUUCUCAACCGGUUUAUGUGCGCUCACUUGCCCAACCAGGUGCUCGAAAGCAUCAGCCUUAUCGACACACCGGGGAUCCUGUCAGGAGCCAAGCAGCGGGUGAGCCGAGGCUACGACUUCCCGGCCGUGCUCCAGUGGUUUGCCGAGCGUGUGGACCUCAUCAUCCUGCUCUUUGACGCCCACAAGCUGGAGAUUUCGGACGAGUUCUCCGAGGCCAUCCGGGCCCUCAAGGGCAACGAGGACAAGAUCCGGGUGGUCCUGAACAAGGCCGACAUGGUGGAGACACAGCAGCUGAUGCGGGUCUACGGCGCCCUGAUGUGGUCGCUGGGCAAAGUGUUCAACACCCCCGAAGUGCUGCGUGUCUACAUCGGGUCCUUCUGGUCGGAGCCCCUGAUGAUCUCUGACAACCGACGGCUCUUUGAGCUGGAGGAGCAGGACUUGUUCACGGACAUCCAGAACCUGCCCCGGAAUUCUGCCCUGAGGAAGCUCAAUGACCUGGUCAAGAGAGCCCGAUUGGUCAGGGUCCAUUCCCACAUCAUCAGCCACCUCAAGAGGGAGAUGCCAUCCGUCUUUGGCAAGGACAACAAGAAGAAACAGCUGAUCAACAAGCUGCCUGUCAUCUUUGCCAAGAUCCAGCUGGAGCAUCACAUUUCGCCUGGCGACUUCCCCGACUGCGGCAAAAUGCAGGAGAUGCUGAUGGUCCACGACUUCACCAAGUUCCACGGGCUGAAGCCCCGCAUGGUGGAGGCCCUGGACGAGUUGCUGACCCUCGACAUCGCCAAGCUGAUGCCCCUCUUGCGCCAGGAGGAGGUGGAAGUCCCCGAGCAGAUCGUCCAGGGGGGAGCCUUCGACGGCACCCGCAACGGGCCCUUCGUCGAGGGGGCCACCGAGGGCGCCUACGAGGGCAUGGAUGAGGACGAGUGGGUCGUGACCAAGGACAAGCCCAAGUACGACGAGAUCUUCUACAACCUCUCCCCCAUGGAUGGCAAGCUAAGCGGCACCAAGGCCAAGACCUGGAUGGUCACCACCAAGCUGCCCAACUCGGUUCUCGGCAAGAUCUGGAAGUUGAGCGACGUCGACCGGGAUGGCAUGUUGGAUGACGAGGAGUUCGCUCUGGCCAGCCACCUCAUCGAGGUCAAACUCGAAGGCCACGGCUUGCCCGCUGACCUGCCCCGCCAUCUUGUUCCCCCUUCCAAGCGUCGGCAGAAGGGCUCGGCUGAGUAAACCGCUUCCCGAGUUUGCUCCCCACCCGCCCAUCCUUCCUAACCACCAGGCUUGAACUACUCCAGGAGGCGCUGGGCCUUCUCCAAUUUUCCUUGAAGCGAACUUCCAGGCUUGAUUUCCUGAUGAAGGCCUCGCCUAGCAGCCGAGCACAGCAUAGGAAACCUGCUUUCUGCUCUUCUCUUCAAGCGAGGCUUCCGGCUCAAACUUCUCCAUCCCUUCUGGGGUUUUUUUUAAAGCGACUCCUGUCCACCUCAAAAAAAAAAAAAAAAGCCUCAUUUCCUCAUGUAGAAUUAAACCAGUUGAACCCACAAUGUCAACGAUCUACAGUAUCUACCGUGUUAGACUUCUUGCAAGGGUCUUUCUUCCCAGAAACCAAACUCAACUUCAUUGGCUUCCUGAACCAGUGAAAAAUAUUACUUCCUCCACGCCUAGUUCCAACUGUUCCUUUAGGCCAAAGUCAGACACAUCUUAAGGUUUUACUUCUCUUCGUAGUCCAUGGCCAGAUCUUGCUAUCAACCUAUGCUUCAGAUGGACUGAACCUUCUAGCUUUCUUUACCUUUGGUCUCCCUAGAAAUGGUCAACAUCUUUCCAUCUUUGCAGUUUUUGUCUACAACCCGCUUUGCUGAUUGCUUCUCCCAUGACUAGUUAUGAUGGAUGGAUGGAUGGAUGAAAGGAAGGAAGGAAGGAAGGAAGGACAGAUAAAGCGGGGAGCAGAAAUAGUUGACUGGAAGCAGUCCAUCAAAACCCCAAACAACGUUGACCCCAGAAACCAUGGUUGAAGGUGGAUCUGAAAUGAUCGUAGAUGAGUCCUCGAAACGUUUCCCUUUAGAAGCAGAGGGACAGCAGAGAUAGAGAUGGAAUGAGAUCCUUCUGGCUUAAAGCAGGGAUGUUCCAUACUUCCUCCCCUCUCUCUUUCUUCUGGGAUGGAGUUGGCAGAAGAGACUCAUCGUAGAAGACCUUUCUCAAAGCAAGAACAGGCGGCGAGAAGACUACCCCCAGAGGACACCAUGGAGAUUGAGGCCCAGAAAUGAGGCCUAGUGUUAGAGAAAUUCAUACAUCGGGUCUGUGGAGGUUUCCUCUUUCGAACUUGUACAACGAAAGCGGUUUCUUUCCCAACCCCUAAACAUUAAUUAAUUAAUUGGGGCGAUUGUUGGAAUCCUGACAGCUGCUGUCUAUCCAGCAUUCCCAGGAUGGGACAAUAAGAGUCUUAUUCUGGAGAUCAAGGGAUCUUUCCUAAUUUUUCACACACACACACACACACACACACACAUACACACACACACCUUGGGAAGCGGCUAAAGAGAAGACAAUGGAAACCAGGAGAAUCCAUCACAGUUGCAGCGAUG